UGGCACGAAAGAAAGCGCAGAACAAGGAGCAACCCAAGGCACCAGCGCAAGCCAAACCGCCCCCGACGCCUGCGACUGCCUCGAUACCCAAGGAACAAGUUGGGCUGUUUGUUACAGCCGAACUCGAACAUGCGAUGGAGGAGUGCAAGGCGAAAGUCGAGAUGAUCGCGAAGGACUGCAGGGCGAAGAACAGGAAGUUCCGGGAUGUCGAGUUUGAUCUGGAGAACGAUGCUGACCAGGCGAUGUACGGCCUGGCGCGCACGGAGAGUAAGACACCGCCUGCCGCACGGCGUGUCACCGACAUUUUCGACAACCCGCGGUUCUUUAUCGACGGUGCUGACUCGAGCGACAUCGUCCAGGGAAAUUUGGGCGAUUGUUGGUUCUUAUCGGCGCUGUCGACCACCUCGACUGUUCCCUCCCUGUUGGAGAAGUGUUGUGUCGCCCGAGAUGAGAAAGUUGGGGUGUAUGGCUUCAUCUUCUUCCGCGACAACCGUUGGGUCAACGUCAUUAUCGACGAGCAGCUCUUCUGCUCUUUGCCCAAAUUCGAAGAACUCAGUAUGGCGGAGAGGAACCUAUACCACGGCGACAAGACCCUCUACAAUCGCAAUGCACGCGCUUCCGGGAAGAACCUCUUGAAUGCAAGAUCAGCAACCCCAGGGGAAACAUGGGUGCCCUUGAUUGAAAAAGCGUACGCGAAGCUGCACGGAGACUUUGCGUCUCUCGACGGAGGUCGGAUGUCAGAAGCCAUCGAGGACCUCACAGGGGGCGUAUCGACUAUCAUUAAGAUCAGUGACAUCCUUGACACGGACCGAUUCUGGGAGGAAGAGCUCGUGCACGCGGGCGACCAGACGCGUCUCUUUGGCUGUUCCUUCCAGGACCUCGACUCUUCCCGGCUCGAGAAUGGCGACCCCAUCCCCACCGUGCUCGGCCUCAUGGGUGCACACGCGUACUCCGUGUUGCGUGCAAAGGAGUGUCGUGGCAAGCGCUUCGUCGUCGUGCGCAACCCGUGGGGCAAUUCGGAGUGGACGGGCCCGUGGUCGGAUGGGUCGAAGGAGUGGCAGGGAGAGUGGUUGGAGGUGUUGAAGGAGCUUGACCACGUCUUUGGGAAUGAUGGUCAGUUCGUCAUGGAAUGCUCGGAUUUCCUUGAGACAUGGCAGAAGAUUGAGCGCACUCGGUUGUUCGACUCGAGCUGGAUUAUGUCCUCCAAGUGGCUCCGCCUUGCUCCUCGCCCAGCUGUCUACCCGCUCGUUUACGGUGAUGUCUUCUGCACCUUCACCCUUGCCGAGGCGUCUCCGGUCAUCGUCGUGCUCUCCCAAUUGGACACACGAUACUUCAACUUCAUCGACGGAACUUCUCGAUGGAACCUCGACUUUGUCAUCUACAAGCGGGGCGAGAGUGAGCAACGUGGAGUUUCCUACUGCGGCUUGCCGUACGAACGAAGCGUCUCCUGCGAGCUCGAGUUGGAGGCCGGCGAAUAUAUCGUCUAUGCUCGGAUUGACCGAAUGGGAACAUUGCCUCCCGGCUUCUUCGAAUCAGGGACGAAGAUAUGGAACGAUCGCAAGCUCGCAAAGGUCUUGACCGAACGUACCAAAGGCCGUUCUAUUGCUGCUAGCUAUGAUCCAGGGAAGAGCCAGAUCUUCGUUCCCAAGGAUAUCAUUGCCCUCGUAGAAGAGGAUAUUGCCAACCUCAACUCUGAAAAAUCAUUGACGGAAACGAUGGCCGACCUUAAGCUCGAGAAAGUUGAAGCCAAGGCGAAGAAGACCGGAACGAAGACAGAGGAUGCACCGCCACCGACCAAGUCAAAGCCAGGCAAGGGACGAAAGGGCAAGAAAACAUCGGCGUCUCUUCCCGCUCAGGAGAAAGCUGGCGGCGACGACUCCAGCGACGAACAUUCGGACAAGGAAUCCAAGGACGGCUCGGACUCCGACAACGAAGGCCCACAAGGAUCGUCCCCAGGGCCAGGCGGGAUGAUGAUAGGCCCGGAUGGCCCUAUCAUGGUCGGUCCCCCAGGCGCUUCAGAUGGCCCGAAUGAGAUCACCGGCGAGGAUGAGGACGAACAUAGGCCUUUCGUUGGAUUGAGGGUAUAUACGAAGAAACACGCUGAGGUCGUGGUGGAUGGCUGGAUCAAGUCGGAUGGGCCAGAGACGGAGAGAGAGUGGGAAGACGAGGAAAAGGAAGGAGGUAACGGUGAUGAGGAGGGAGGCGAUGAGGAAGAAGAAUGAU